CAUGUGGUGGUUACAGGAGGCUCCAGCGGCAUCGGGAAGUGUAUUGCUAUCGAGUGCUAUAAACAAGGAGCGUUUAUAACUCUGGUGGCACGAAAUGAGGACAAGCUGCUGCAGGCAAAGAAAGAAAUUGAAAAGCACUCUAUUAACGAUAAACAGGUGGUGCUGUGUAUAUCAGUUGAUGUAUCUCAAGACUACAGCCAAGUAGAAAAUGUCAUAAAACAAGCACAGGAAAAACUGGGCCCAGUAGACAUGCUUGUGAACUGUGCAGGAAUGUCGCUUUCGGGAAAAUUUGAAGACCUUGAAGUUAGCACUUUUGAAAGACUAAUGAGCGUCAACUACCUGGGCAGCGUGUACCCCAGCCGAGCAGUGAUCACCACCAUGAAGGAGCGUCGUGUCGGCCGGAUAGUCUUUGUCUCGUCCCAGGCAGGACAGCUGGGAUUAUUCGGUUUUACGGCCUACUCUUCAUCCAAGUUUGCCAUCAGGGGACUGGCUGAAGCUUUGCAGAUGGAGGUGAAGCCAUAUAACGUCUACGUCACAGUGGCCUACCCGCCCGACACAGAUACCCCUGGGUUUGCGGAAGAAAACAAAACAAAGCCUCUGGAGACUCGUCUGAUUUCAGAGACCGUAUCUGUUUGCAAACCAGAGCAAGUGGCCAAACAAAUUGUUAAGGAUGCCAUACAAGGAAAUUUUAACAGUUCCAUUGGCUCAGAUGGGUACAUGCUCUCAUCCCUGACCUGUGGAAUGGCUCCUGUGACUUCUAUUACUGAAGGGCUCCAGCAGGUGGUUACCAUGGGCCUGUUCCGCACCAUUGCUCUGUUUUACCUGGGAAGUUUCGACAGCAUAGUCCGUCGCUGCAUGAUGCAGAGAGCGAAAUCUGAAGUUGCAGACAAAACUGCCUAAUUCUUACCCCGGGAGAAAAGACUGUUUCUAAAUAAUCUGAACAGCCUGCUGCUUAAAGGGACCCAGAUUGUGGCCUACAGCCACUUAAAUGUGUUGCUUUUGAAUCUGUGAGAUAGGACUGGCGCUCUUCAGAUACCUGGCUCAGGCGAGGGGAUAGAUGUUCAGCGCCCGGUGAUAUUAUUAAUACUAUGCAAAUAUGGAACGGGAGGCCCCUGAUCGUCUGAGGCAGAGACAUGAGGAUCGUAUGGGACCAGAGGGCCCGUGAGCAGGGGAAAGAACGUCAUUCCAGAGUGAUCAUUUACAUUUUUCUAUUUAUUCUCUUUUUCUUCCUCCACUGAGAUUAAGCCCAGAAAUGUACCUUAUGAUACAUAGGACGACGUCUCGAGGACGUUCUUAACCUUCCACGAAAGGCAGUCUGUGGGUUUGGGGAGCCUUUUUUUUUUCCCCCUUCUUUUUAACAUGGUGUAUUUGAUUCAAGAGGAGUUUCACACAUUGCUGGAGACUCUGAAUGCACGAGAGAGCUCCUGACUCCCUGUGCUUCUGGUGGAAACUCGUGGCUUCUCUCUCUCUUUGAUCCCAUAAAACUACAGGGGGAUGAGAGAGGGCAGUGCAGUGGAAGGGAAGGAGAGAAGUAUCCUCCAGUAGGAAAAAUCACGCUUUCCUGCCUUCUUUAGAUAGACGCGAAUGCUUAGAGCACUUCUCAUUUUUCAUUCACGGGGAAAGGCAGCCUCCCCCAAUUUUUUCUGAAGAGAAGUAAAAUCUUAGAAGCUUAAAA